UUUCUUUUAAAAUUUGAACCAAAAGUAUAUAAUAAAAACACAAUUUCAUGUGUUUGGAUGUUCAAUUGAAAUAAACCAUAAUUCAAGGGUCAAAAUGAAAUUUAUCGAACAAUUCUAAUACAAGUAGUCCCUAUAUAAACUCGUACUCACACAUGUAAAUCGUACUCAUACAUUACUCUCUCUAUGUGUUCUUUUUUCUCGUGUUACUUCUCUUAGUUUUUACUUCGAUCUUUCUUCAAAGCUCCAGUAGUCUGAAAAUUGAUCGGCGUCGGAAAACAAGUAGAGUCAUAAUCACAAUCGAGGUGGCUUCUUCCCAUCUGUCCUAGCCUUGGUAAAGAGUUGUUUGGUACAUGUUGGUGGAGGAAAGUGACAGGUAUCCCCCGGAAUCAGUCGAGGUGCAUGCCAGCUAUCUCGUCCUGCACUGUGUUUGAUCUUGCGAAGGCUCACUUUAUGGAGCAGCAAUUUCAGCAUGAGGUCGCGAUGUUGGCAAAGCAUCCAAAUAUUAUACGAUUUAUUGGUGCAUGUCGUAAAGCCAAUGUGUCGUGUAUUGUGACUGAAUAUACAAGAGGGGGAUCAGUGUGUCAGUUCCUGCAAAACCAAGCUGUGCCAUUGAAGUUAGCUGUUAAGCUGGUCUUGGAUGUGGAGCAUGUGCAUGGUCUGAAUCUUAUUCAUCGAGAUCUAAAAUCCGACAAUCUACUGAUUGCUGCUGACAAGUCAAUCAAGAUUGCAGACUUUGGUGUUGCUCGAAUUCAAGUGGACAAGACACUCGAGGCAGCAGGGAGACAGAAAUCAUGACUGAUAUUCAGAAAGGCGCGUUUCAGGUGCUGCCCUCGUCCUACGGCUACACAGGAAGAGGAAAACUGGAGGCAAAAGAUGUUGAAUUGGCAAAAUCUUUUUUUCAUAGGAGAUUAGUAAUACAUAAAUACAAAAAAUAUGUGAAGUGAAACAUGUAAGAUCUUGAUAGAGUCGUUUUCUUCUAUUUAUAUUGUGAAUGAGCAUAAGAGAUUAUAUUGUGAAA